AUGAAGUUCAAUCUGAUUGUCUUCUUCUUUUUCAUCCUUAGCCUUGUAUCUGCCUCUCCAGUAGCAGAGGCCCAUGAAGUGGACGGUCUUGAAGCUCGCGAUGCUGAUGUAUACGAGGAAGGCCUCUAUGAACGUGACUCGACCGUGGAGCAUUUCAAGCGUACAUGUAAUCAGCAGGAGCCCCGGUGUGAGUCAGGCCACUGGGAUUCGAAGAGCUGCAAGUGUCAUGGCAAAUGUGCGAUCAGCCUGACCACCGUUGCAAACCCGGGGACUGGGACUGGAACAGCUGCCAAUGCAAGGGCCGAAGGUGUGACAACUUCCAGUCUGACUGCAAAAACUGGGACUGGGAUCAUUGCAAGUGCAGAAAUGUCUGUCAUCAAGCAGAUAAUCACUGCAAGCCUGGGGACUGGGAUUGGGACCGCUGUCGCUGCAGGGGAAAAAAGUGAGACAACUUCCAGUCUGACUGCAAAAACUGGGACUGGGAUCAUUGCAAGUGCAGAAAUGUCUGUCAUCAAGCAGAUAAUCACUGCAAGCCUGGGGACUGGGAUUGGGACCGCUGUCGCUGCAGGGGCAAAAGGUGCGACAACUUCCAGUCUAACUGCAAUAACUGGGACUGGGAUCGUUGCAAGUGCAGGCACAAGGCCUAGCGCUGUACUGCUAUGUUUCAAACAUCCGAAGCUUACAAAGGGGCUUUUACUUGGGGCUGCCCUGUUAGCCAUGUUGAGGCCGAUUGAAGGGCUGUUAUUCUCCGAAGUACUAGGGAUGGAAGUCGGAAAAGCAUAG